GGCGCCGGGGAGGUGGCGUCACGGGCGGAGCGGCGCGGGCGGCGGGCGAGCAUGUCGGCUCUGGCCCGGCUGGCGCCUUUCGUGGGCGCCGGAGGCCGCCUGUUCCGGGACAGCCGCGCGCGGGCGGCUGGAGGCGGCGCAGUCCGUCAUGCUGGCGGUGGUGUGCAUAUCGAGCCCCGAUAUAGACAGUUUCCCCAGCCGACUCGAUCCCAGGUGAUUCGGGCUGAGGUCUACUGUGCAACCAUGUGGUUCUGGAUUCUCUGGCGCUUUUGGCAUGACUCAGAUCUUGUGCUGGGUCACUUUCCAUAUCCAGAUCCUUCCCAGUGGACAGAUGAAGAGUUAGGUAUCCCUCCUGAUGAUGAAGACUGAAAUUGUAGACUCAACUUUUUACAAGUGGGAGCAAGGUGAGAAUUUCAAGAAAUUACAGACUUCAUAUUAUAAAUUAAAGUUGUAAAUUCAAGAAUGAGGAACUGA